AUGGCAGGCAGUAAGGAGGACUCCUUCCUCCGUGAUCUAUCCUUUUCUGGGAUUCCUUCGGAGUAUCGCCAAUUCCGGCGGAAGAUACUUCUGAGCGUCGCCAGCCUUGAAGGAAAGCAGAUCAAGUUGGCAGGACCGAAGAUCUUGACGAGACUGUCAGGAGAGGCUUGGCGAGCAACGGAGCACUUGAGUGUGUCAGAACUCAGGGCCAGCGACGGCUGGCUGAAGGUGUUGUCUGCCUUGGACUCACACUACCGUUUCCUGCCGGAAACGGAACUCAACGAGAGCGUCGAUGAGUUCUUGUUCCACCUCAAGCGCAAGCCGAAUGAAGGACCGACGGCCUUCAUUUCCAGGUUCCGAGCGGCACUCAGCCGCUUGGAGACGCUGAUUGCCGCAGACAAGGCGGCUCAGAAGCAUGAGCCGAAGCGCCGGCGACGUCGCCGGCAGAAGGGAGCUCAUGAGCCUUCUUCCUCCUCGAGCAGCUCAGAGUCGGACAUCUCCAGCAUGGAUGCGAAGGGAUUUACAGCGGAAGAUGUUCAACAAGCGUCGGCUGCAGCAGCCGCCGUAGAAAAGUCUACGGCAUCCGCGGACAAGGUGCCAGAGCCGACUGCAAGACAGCACAAGACAGUGGGCAGCUUUGUCUCGGAGAGAUCGCCGAAGAAGUCGAAGGGUCCACCGUCAAGCGGCGGACACUCGGCUGGAAGCCGUGGCACCCACAGGGCGGACGAGGAGAAGGCGCAGCGGAAGAUGAUGGAAGACCUUGAGCUCCUAGAGCAAGGACAUCUGAAGCUGCGGCCGGUUUUCCCGGCAGUUGUGCUUGGCCAUCUCUUCAUGCGGAAGUACGGCUUGUCCAGGGAGCAGCGGUCCCUGGUUGUUCGGGCGACCGGUGGCAGCUCCAAGUUCGAAGAUGUGGAGCGGAUCAUCCGGGCGAGUGAUUUCGAGGAUCGCCGAACGGACCCCGGGCGCGAUGGCAGGCCUGGCCACCGAGGCGUCCGCAAGGACACUAUCUUCGAGGUUGCUGCGGACAGUACUUCACUCUCGGAGCCGUCGUUGCCCCCCUCCGACGCCGAGGCCUUCGAGGCAGAGUUGGAUACGGACGAUGAAGAGGCUCAGGAACAGAUGAUCGAGGCCUACGAGAUGCAAAAGAAGGCUAAGGACAACGUCAAGAAGCACUACAAGAACUACAAAGAGCAACGCAAACGGCUGCGGGAGAUCAAGAAGACCCGCCAGCCUUACAUGCCAGUGGUGGCUCUGGCUCCAGGAGAAGGCGCCGCGGGCUCUCAGCCGGCGGCCGUGGUGCAGCCGACCUUCCGGUAUGACCGAAAGGGUCGGGGCGAGGACAAGCGAAAAGGCGCCGGCCGCGCCCGCAAGGAAGAUGUGAACCUCAUCCAGAGCGCGGUGAUCACUGAGUUUUCCUACAUGAUCACGACGGAAGAGAAUGAAGUGCCUGAGGAGCUCGAGGUUUUUCUGGCUUCUAUUCCCCAGGGGCACGCCGUCAUCGAUACGGGGUGCACUUCGUCCGUGAUCGGAGAGAGAUCAGCGCAGAAGCUUGCGGCGUUCCUGGCUACACGUGGUAUCCAAGGGCCCGAGUCAUUGGACUUACCUCCAGUGCAGCUGCGAGGGUUCAAUGGCGCAAGAACCACGUCAAGCAAGGGGCUUCGCUGGACCAUUCGUCUGGGCUCGUUGUGGGGAACUGUGACGACCUACGUCAUUCCUGGAGAUACACCGUUCCUCCUUUCCCGGAAAGUCCUCGAAGGAAUGCAAGCAACACUGGACCUGGGUGCAAUGACCUUGACCAGUGAGAAACAUGGAAUGAGAGGGCAGCCUCUCGCACAGGCUGCCAACGGACAUCUUCUACUACCUCUGAUUCCAGAUCCAGAGUCCGGUGCGUUCCAGGUGCACAAGGACCAGCCCGAGGCCCUCGAGGUGGAUGAGGACAAUGAUGAGGACGACAGGCCACCUGGGAAGCCAAGUGGCCCCGAAACCACCUAUGAACAGAUCCUUCCUACUCGUACCCCGCCUCGGGAUCCUCCUAAGCGUAGCUUCCAGACCAUAGUGAAACACACCCGGUACUGUCAAGUAGAUAGUAAGGAGAUGCAAGAACACCUUAGGAACAUUUUCGGGUGUAAGAUUGACAGUGCGUUUUGUGCAUACAAGCCCAAAUUCGAACGCAUUCCUCAGCAGAGUCACACAUCCACCAUGUACCGAGCAGUCGCCCGGCUGGAUUCCGGGGGUGUGGUGAGUGUUGAUGCUUGGGAGGAACGGCCUGCGGGCAAGCGCCGCCGAGCGUAUGAAUGCCGGGAUACCUGCAUCUUUGCCUUUCGCCGCAAGCCAGUGAAGGAGGCCCCUGCCGAGCCUCCUACGGUGUCAGCCGGUCUGGUAGAAAAUGCUAGUGAGCCUGAAGGAGCUAAAGGGGACAUAGAGGUGCUAGACUGUCAACCAAGCCAUGAUGCAGGCCCGGAGGAUGAGACAACUGAGCGCCCUGAGCGCCCUCCUGCUCCGUGCAUGCCUGCCUGUGACUGCUGCGCGGCAGAGGGUUUCAAGGAGGUCACUGAGGUCUCCCCGCUAGAUGGCAGAACUAAGCUUCGCAGCGGUCCCAGUAUUCGCAUCGGACUGGACUGGGGCCAGGACCUUCUCCGGGCCCGUGACAGAAGACUCCUUCUUCAGCUGAUUGCAAUGACUAGGGAUCUCAUGUCCCAGCAGGCAAACAGGGAAGAUAAUGACAGCCAACCAGAUGUUUUCUUGAACACGGAUUCAGAGGCUGAUUCAGAGGCAGAAGAUUUACUUGGGGUUCCCGAUAGUGAACAUGCCGUAGCAGGUUCCCAGCCAGUCCUUCAGGAUGUAAGAGUACCUUCAGCCCGGGAACGCUGUAAGUAUCGUGCAAUGGUUCAGAAGCUCCACGUAAAUACCGGUCAUGCCUCCAGUGAGCAAAUGCUCAGAUUGGCCCACAGAGCCAAGGCUUCUGCCGAAGUCAUUCAAGCGAUCAAGGAAUUCAAGUGUGCUGUGUGUGAGGAACUGCAAGUUCCUCCGUCACAUCGAGUGGCUGCCUUGAGCCACACCGAGACGCCAAACCACAUAGUCGGGUUAGACAUAGUCCAGGUUGAGCUAAAGAAGGAUUCUCCUAACGGGGUGGUAGAGACAAAAUUCAAUGUGCUCACGGCCGUCGACUAUGCCACCGACUUUGCACAGCAAGUGGUGUUGCCACCGGGACCCCGUAGUGUCGCCAGAGCUUUUCAUCAACUGUGGUGUAGGCCGUAUGGACCCCCCCGUGUGGUUUAUGUUGAUCCUGAUCAGAGAUGGAUAUCCGGAGACUUUCAAGACUACCUUCGGCAUAACUCCAUCACCCUCCUGAGUGCUGCAACGGAGUCCCAUUGGCAGAUCGGCCGAGUGGAGAUUGCGCAACGCAUCUUGCGUAACAUGGCUAAGCGAGUCUGGCGCACAGCUAACAGGCCGGCCGCUGAAAUCAUCGAGACAUGUGCAACAACUCGCAAUGAGCAUCUCCGUAAGCACGGUUUUUCUAGUGCGCAGUGGUUCUUAGGACGAGAGCCUAGAGUUCCGGCGAGUCUUGCCGAUAUGACUGAACGAGACAAUCUAGCCACACAGGAUGCCGUCCUGAAUGAGCCAGACUUCCAUGCCAAGAUGCGCUGUCGACAGCUAGCGGCCCAUGCGUUCAUUGAAGCCCACGCACACGAAACCUGGCGUAAAGCCAUUCAGGGCAGGAACCGCCCCCUUCGCGGUCCUUAUGUGGUAGGUCAGUCCGUGUAUGUGUUCCGUCGCGGUGCUCGUGGCCUUCUUUCGACACGCCACGGUGUCUGGCAUGGCCCAGGCAAGGUCGUAGGCACUGAAGGCUACCGCCAUGAUUCCCCUGUGCCUCGCGUCAUCUGGGUAGUCAUUAAUGGUCUGAUGUACAAGUGUUCCCCAGAAUGCCUCCGACCUGUGGUUGAGGAUGAGCAAAUGUUUCGACAAUUGGCACAGGAAUACCACACCGGGGUGCUAGCCCCGGAGCUUGAAGUGCCCCGUCGCUAUAUGGGACCAGGGGGCCACUUUGUGGACCUCACAGCUCAGCCGCCUACUGAUGAAGAUUUCGAGCUGUUGCCAUCACCUGUGCAUGAUGCGCCCGAGCUGUCCGAGAACCCUGCCCCCACCACAAGGCGUCGUGUCACUCAUAGUCCCGGCUACUGGGAGGGACGUGCAGCGGAUCUUCAGGAAUCACAAAUUGAGUUGGGGCCAUCGUCUCCCCGCCCCGUGCCGGCAACCCGUCCCGCCGAUUUGCCCCAAGAGGGCGAGCGUCUGAAGAGCCGCCGACUUGAUGAGCCAGAAGCCCCUCCCCCUCAAGCUGUAGAUGUGCCUCUCCCGGAUGAUGAUUCCAGCAUGUACUCCCCAUCGCUUGAUCCAGAAAACCUGGAGGGCGGGCAAGAUCAAGAGGGCGAGCCAAUACACCCUUUUCCGACUGAGUCCGAAGCCUCCGGCGUUCCUCCGCCAGAGGCAAUGUGCUGCGAAGUUUCUUUUGACAUCUUCAAGGAUGACGUGCAAGAAGAUCUUUCAUGCCUGUGGACAGCCCUGACGGAAUGUGCCGAGGUAAAAACUAAGCCUGCCAACAAGCGUAGGGUUGAGGUUAACUUCCGCAAGCUUGGGCCUGAGGAUCAGGAAAAGUUUCGUCAUGCAAUGUCUAAAGAAUGGCAAUCUUGGUUGGAAAACAAGGUCACUUCGAUAGUCAAGGCAAAAGGGAUAGACCGAUCCAGGAUCAUAGGAAGCCGCUGGGUUCUCACCUGGAAAACGAGCGCGGACCCCGAUGAUAAGAAAGUUGUCCCUAAGGCAAGACUGGUGCUAGUUGGGUAUCAGGAUCCGGACUUAGGAAAGAUCGCGACUGAUAGUCCCACUCUUCGGAAGGAGAGCAAGCACAUCAUCCUGAGUUUGUGUGCUGCCUUCGGGUGGACGCUCUGGAGUGCAGACAUCAAGACUGCGUUUCUGUCCGGAGAUGCAUCAUGCCGUAACAUCCACUUCCGACCGCCGCCGGAAGUCCGGAAGCUGAUGGGGCUUGGUCAUGACGACCUGCUUCGCCUUGAAAAGGCCGCAUACGGCCUCGCUGAGGCUCCAAGAGCAUGGUUUCUUAGAUUAACCAGAGAGUUAAAGGCGCUAGGCCUGAAGGUUAGUGCCCUCGAUCCAUGUGUGUUCCUGCUGCGAGGUGCAGACAACAAGCUAGUAGGUAUCUGCGGGGUGCAUGUAGAUGACCUGCUUGGAGGUGGUACUGUAGCCAUGGAUCGGGUUCUAGAGAAGCUGCGAAAAACCUUGCCCUUUGGAGAGUUCAGAACCAAAACCAUCAAGUACACUGGAGCUGAGAUCAGACAACAUCCAGAUUCUAGCAUUGAGCUUAGUCAGGAGUCAUACAUAGAGAAGAUGGAUUUCGUUCCAGUUCCGGGGAAGUCUACUGAAGACUUGCCUGACGCCAAAGUGAUGAGAGCGUGCUGUGGACAGCUGGCUUGGGUCGCGAGCCACAGCAGGCCCGAUCAGGCUUUUCUUUCCUCCUAUCUGCAAGGUGUUCAGGAUAAGGCCCAGUAUCGCCACCUCACCAUGUACAACAAGGCCCUUCGUGAAAUGAAGCAUCACAAGGUUACCUUAAAGUUCCCUAGCGUUCCCGCCACUGACUGGAGAUUGCUGGUGAUUACCGAUGCGGGCUGGGGAGUUCGAGAAAGUGGCGAGUCUCAGGGAGGACUCAUUUUGUGCCUCUGCGAGAGCAAGGUCUUGCGUCAGGAGGAGGGCAAAUGCUGGAUCAUCGAAUGGGCUUCCAAGAAACUCAGGAGAAUUGUUAGGAGCUCUACUGCCGCUGAGACCUUGUCAUGCCAGAAUGGUCUCGACUGCAUUGAGUUUGCGCAGGCCUUCAUUCAGGAAUGCCUAGAGGACAUGUCACCCCGAGAGUUUAGGACUUGGACCCCUGAAGCUCAAUCCGGUUUGGUUAUAGACAGUAAGUCCUUGUACGAUGCCUUAACUCGUUCUGCCUGCUCAACGGCGCUUGCAAUCGAGAAGCGCCUGGCUAUCGACUAUGCCAUCGCACGUGCCAGCUUGCAGGAAAGAAACAUUGUGCCGUUCUGGACUAAUAAUCUGCAGAUGGUAGCUGAUCCACUGACCAAGCUGAAAGCCUGCGCCGUCCUUGCGAUCAUGCCCCGCAAUAGCAAGACCGACGACAUGAGCGAGUUGGGCCGCCAGGACCGCGAGCACUUGGCCUACCUCCUCCGCCGCGCCAUCACGAACAAUCAGAUCUCCGACAUCAUGACCCUGGUGCGCAUCCCGGAGAACUCCAAGCGCAAGCGUGCCAUCCAGGACGCCUUGAACGAGAUGAACACCUGGGGACGCAACGUCCUCGGAUCCGAUGGGCCCAGCAAUGAGUGGAUGGAGCUUGGCACUUCGCCCAAGCGAGGCUACUCUGGAGGGCGCUCAUCCGUCAGUGACGACGAUACCGAGUCCUGGGACCCGCUGGCGUCUCCGUCUUGGGAGGGAAGCCCAGUGGAUCCUUCUGAGCCUCGUCGUGGACCACCUCGCCCGAUGCCUGUCAAUGCUCCUCGUGAAGUGGUCGUCAUCAUACCGGCCAACCCGGUCAACGACAAACCUCUCCCGGAGGGCGUCGCCAGCUUGGCUCAAUGGAGCCGGACCAUCUACGAGGCCCCCAAGUUCAAGAGUGAACGGCUGAGCUAUCAUGAGCUGGCCCAGCGUGCUCGCAAUCACUUGGACACAUUGGAGUACGUCAUCUGGUGCACCAACAAGUUCGGCCGUGAGCCGCCGAAGGCGCACAAGGUGUCGGACUUUGUGGCCUUCCUGUCCGCCAUCGGGUUCAGCAUGUACGACUACAUCAGUGAGCUCAAGCAGAAGCGUGAGGCUGAAGAGGCAACCUCCACCAGCGGGCGCACCUACAAGUCCUGA